GAGAGUCCGGAUGCUGCACAUCCCGGGGAGCGGACCUCAGAGGUGCUGCCGCUCCUACCUGCAGCCAUAUCACCCUACUGCCGCUCAAACCUGAGAGGAAAUCAACAGAAACAACCAGAAACAAACACAAAGUGGUUGCGAGCUGGACCGACAAUGGCACUUUCCUGGACUCUCCUACUGGUGUGUUUGUUUGCCAUCCUGGCAAUGUCACAUGGCGCUGAGCCCGGAGCCGCUCAUGGCAAGAGGAGGAAGGCACAGACCUCAGCAGGUGGCAGCAAUGCCCUACAGUACCUUCCACAAGGUCUGCAGAGCCACGGUUACAGCAGGGAGCGCGGAGGCCACGCCAGCCAGAGGGCGCGCGCUGCCAAAGACCGAGCCGCGCUGCUCUCUCGCAGGGCCGUGCAUCCGCUCGCCAGGCCCGAGGACGACGGGACGGGCCUGGAGGGUCUGAGCCCCGUGAGGGUGGAGAAGGGCCCGGGCCCGGGCAGGGACAGAGACGGGGUUCGGAUGAGCAUGAAGAGCUUAUCCCAGGUUCGGGAAAACCAGCUUCUGGGGACACGCAAGGGGAGAGGGAACGGGCAUGGGAACGGGUACGGGCACCAUUUAGAGCAUAGGAGGCAAGGAAGCCGGCGGGACAAGGGUCGACACAGAAAAGGUUUUUCUGCAGAGCCCGACCUGAGCUCCGCGGUGAGGGACGGAGAUCAAUUCGAAGAUCCUCCCCCCUUGUCCUCAUCCGUUCCCUCCCCCUCGCUCAGCAUGACCCCUCCCAAUGAACCCCCCUCCCCCAAUAUUAACAUCUUUGGCUCUGGUUCCUCCAUGGUUACCACGGCAACCAACGAGCAUCCCCCAACGCUGCUCCCAGCCUCUGCCAAACCCCAGAAGUCUGGACGAGCAAAAGGGCAAGGAGAAGUGAUGCCAACUCUGGACAUGGCACUCUUCGACUGGACCGACUACGAGGACAUGAAACCUGCGGACACCUGGCCGUCCAGCAGGAAGAAGGACAAAAGGCGGAGUAAGAACCUCAGCGAUGGAAAAGUGAAUGCAAGCGCUGAUGCAGUGGAACCGUGUGACCACCACCUGGACUGUCUCUCUGGUUCCUGUUGCGACUUGAGGCAACAUGAGUGUAAACCUCACAACAGAGGGCUCAACAACAAAUGCUAUGAUGACUGCAUGUGUGAAGAAGGGUUUCGUUGUUAUGCUAAAUUCCAUCGGAAGCGGCGUGUGACCAAGAGGAGGGGUCGCUGCGUGGUCCCAGACUCAGUCAGCAGUGACCACGGAGGUUUCAUCACUAUAUGAGGACGAGGAGGAGCAGAAGGGGCGAGACGGAGAAAAAAAACACAAAGAAUGGCAGCAUGACCACGCUAACAAACGUGAAAGGACAGCCAUGAUACUGUUAAUGGACCAAGUGCUUAAAGGUGAUGUCAUUACAUUUUCUUUUCUUUAUCAAUUCACUGACAAAAAAACACUAAUCACUUAGAUGCAAACAUUAUUUGCAUCGACGUAAUGUAACUCGAAACAUCAGUGGACUAAACUGGAAAUGCUGCUUGAAUGUUUUGGCACGGAACGAGAUCUGCAUCUAAUCCUGGAGAAAAGCAUCAUUCGAACUAGUAAAAGCCACCGAUUUAUCUUAGUUCUUCAGUGCAGGAAAAGAGACUCCAAAAUAAAUGUAUCCCAACAGAUCUUAGAAAAUCUAUUCUUAGUUACUUUAAAUUGGUUGAAGAGAUUAAUGCUGUGGCUAAGUCUUCACUAAAUACAUUUUAUAGCUAUCACAGAGACUAGGUGUUGAUUAAUUACUGCAGUUAUGUUUGCUGUUGGUGUGGCUUGAGUUUUAAGGCUUAUUUUGUUUCCUGAAGCCCUUUUUGAAAUGUCACUCAGUCCUUUCUGUGUCUGGUCCUGUUUCCAUCCUGCUGAACACUGUUAAAAGUCAGCUGUAAUAUUGGCCCAAGCUCUUUGGAGUCCCAGAUAAGAGGCUUUUGCUGCUUUAAAGCCAUCAGGACAAGUAAACUGUCACUCUCGCAGAUGAAAGCAUUUGCUUUCUUAUUUUUUCCUUUUAUACUUUGUCACAUCAAAUUUCAUGUGAAGAGCUGGUUCUCCAAAUGCUAAUGAUAUUUGAAACCAUCCGCUGUCCUGAACUGUAAACAUCAAUUUAUUUCAAGCACAAAUGACAUUUUUAAGUCAACGCCACUUUUCAGAAAUGCUUAACACUUGUACGAUAAAAAAAAAGCUUGUUUAGUUCGCUCAAUUGUCCUAAUGUUUGUUUUAUUUAUUCUGUUUGCAGACAUGUUUGUUGGCACACUGUGUGUUUCUGCUUUCUAUGUUUUCUUGAAUAAACACUUACAAAGAUAAUCUCUGUCCAGAAAGUAAUGAGUUACUUUAUUGGCUUUUAAAACUAUUUGCAUUACGAGAAGUAAUUGCUGUGUUGCAUUUAAGCGAUUACUUAUAAGAAAAUAGAAAGAAACAAAUGCAUAUUUUAGAUGAUGCUGUUAUAUCACAGCGAUGUGAGUCUUGCUGUGACUCAUGCGGUGGAAGAACAGCCAGUGUUGCUAAGACAAAGCCAGCUUGACAUCCAUCACUUUACAGCUCGAGGCAAGAUAUGGACUAAAA